AUGACUACAUCGAUUCAUUCUACAGACUUGUCAGAGAAUUUGUCCCCAGAAUUAUCGCCAACAACCUCUGUGGCAGGAUCUAUGGUUUCUAUGAAAACGGAAGACCAUAAUGAAUUAUAUGAUCAUAGACAACAAGCAGACUCCUUACCCAUCCGUAAGAACCCAGAAGUUCAACAGGAUAAUAGUUCUGAAAAGGAACCCCACCCGUCAUUCCGCAAUGCGAAUACUCCAUCGGCUAUCCAAAAAAAUCGUUUCCCAGCUAUGGAAUACGAUACUGACCAUCCUCUGGGGCACAGACAAUUAAGGACGACUGAAAUUCUUACCUCUAAUGCGAGGCCAUCCCGAUUAUCAUACUCUAUCGCUCACCAAAAACAAUUAUUUGCUGAAGAUAGAAACCAGAACCUAAACAAAGAAACAGAAAACAAAAAGCAGGAUGUACUUCACGAUCAGGAGAAACCAAAUCCAGUUAUGUCGCUACCAAAAACUCAUUCUGAAAGAGACACCUUCGAUCAUCAAAAAAGAAAGGAACAAGGAAGAACAAGAUCAAGAUCAAGAACAAACUCCGACGCAUCUGACUUUCCUUCAAUUAAGCCUUUAACCCAUCUCAAAGAAACAAUUUCCAACCAUACUUCGACAAGGAGAGAUUUAUCAGAUGAUAAUCUCCCAUCUCAAAUACCACAGCCACCAAAGAAAAAGCAAACGAGGGCAUCAUUUGACAGUGAUGCGUCUCAACUUUCCGGUGACUCCCAAGAAACAGAGGAAGAUGUUUGUUUUCCAAUGCCACCUCAAUUGCAUACCCGAGUUAAUGGAAUCGAUUUUGAUGAACUAGAAGAAUUUGCGGAACAUUGUAAUGAUCUUAAAAAACAAUAUGUAACUUCGCUGAACACGAAUCAACAGUCUGCGUCAUCAUAUUUCCAGAAUGGAGGUGCGAUGUCUACAUGUACUUCUACCUCGUCUUCAUCAGCUGCUCUGAAGUAUACUCCCAAAGUAGCCAACAUUUCACAGGAGAAGACUGAUAAUUAUAACGAAGCUCUAGAAGAAGAUGAGCAUAAAGAGGAGGAAGAAAACAAAGAAAAACUGCCAUCAAGCUAUUUUGGAAAUACUCCUGGUGUAUCCUUUGGGAACAACAAAAUCGAAGCAGAUUAUUCAGGUAACGAUAUUGGAGUAUCUGAUUUCGCCUAUGGCAAUGAAACAUUCAAUGUUCCUGACAGGUUUUCUUUUUUCUGUUCUGAGUCAGAGGAGACUACACACUCACCAGAUGUUGCCUCCUUGGUGAAAUCCAAACAAUCAUUUUAUGAUUUGUUUAGAGGGGGGGAACCAACAUGGUGGUUAGAUUGUAGCUGUCCCACAGACGACGAAAUGCGUUGUUUUGCAAAGGCCUUUGGAAUUCAUCCGUUGACAGCCGAAGAUAUUAGAAUGCAGGAAACAAGAGAAAAAGUGGAACUGUUCAAAUCGUAUUAUUUUGUGUGCUUCCAUACGUUCGAAAAUGACAAGGAAUCAGAGGACUUUCUUGAACCAAUUAAUGUAUAUAUUGUCGUCUUCAGGUCAGGCGUCCUGUCUUUCCAUUUCGGACCUAUUUCACAUUGUGCGAAUGUUAGGAGACGUGUAAGACAACUACGGGAUUAUGUCAAUGUUAAUUCUGAUUGGCUAUGUUAUGCACUCAUUGAUGAUAUCACUGAUAGUUUUGCACCUGUUAUCCAGUCCCUGGAGUACGAGGCAGAUGCUAUUGAAGACUCUGUCUUUAUGGCAAGAGAUAUGGAUUUUGCUAGAAUGUUACAAAAGAUCGGUGAAAGUAGACGUAAGACAAUGACUUUAAUGAGGUUACUUAGUGGGAAGGCAGAUGUCAUAAAAAUGUUUGCCAAAAGAUGUCAAGAUGAAGCUAAUGGGAUUGGACCAGCAUUGACCUCCCAAAUUAAUAUAGCGAACUUGCAAAGUGGAUCAGAGCCAAAUUUUACCAACCACCUCCCAAAUUCAUAUAAUAGAUUGACCACUCAACCGAGAGGUGACAUUGCUUUAUAUUUAGGUGAUAUCCAGGAUCAUUUGCUUACAAUGUAUCAGAAUCUACUAUCAUACGAGAAAAUUUUUUCACGCUCACAUUCCAAUUACCUAGCACAGUUACAAGUAGAGUCCUUUAAUUCUAAUAACAAAGUUACCGAAAUGCUAGGUAAAGUCACAAUGAUCGGUACAAUGUUAGUUCCAUUAAAUGUGAUAACAGGGUUGUUUGGUAUGAACGUAAAAGUCCCUGGAAAUGAUACUGAACAUCUUGGUUGGUGGUUUGGUAUUUUAGGGGUCCUCGUAUUCCUAGCAGUUUGCGGUUGGUUCUUAGCUUCGUUUUGGAUUAAAAGGAUUGAUCCCCCUACGACGUUAAACGAAGCAGCUGAGAGUGGAUCGAAGUCGAUCAUAUCCAACUUUUUGCCCAAAAAUGAGCAAUCUUUAAAUAAAUCCAAAGAUAGGCAGAUGAGGUCGCAAUGGAAUCACCCGUCGAAUAAGUCCAUAGCCAGUUUACCGAGUAAAUACAGCCGCUAUGAUUGA